AUGACACAUGCUAUCUAUAAAUACAAUAAAAAUAAAUUUACAAUAUUUUGUGUUGAGUGUUGUGAUCCCGUUAUAUUUCGGAGCAUUUGCAUUAGCUUCUGCAUUCACUGCCUCUCGCUAGUUUUUGUUCAAAUUUUUAACAAGAAAUUUUUAAUAAAACCAAACAUAUUCACCGAUUUGGUGGAACAGUAUCUAUCGUCAACGGAUUUUAUAUUGGACGUAAAUUUAAUAAAUGAUAAUUCUUCUUAUUCCACCUCAGACUCGAAUGAUGAAUUGGAAUCACAGGCUUCCAGUUCACAAAAUAUAAUAUUUGGAAGUACACAGCCUCAGGUUAUUAGAACUUUAACAUGUAUAACCGAUGAUAUUUUUAACCAAAGCCAGGGGAAUAUUUUUAUUGACAAAAAUGCUUAUCCUUCUGUUCCAUCAACGGAGGAAAUAAAAGAAUAUCCUGAAAUUAAGCAAUUAUUGCAAUGUAAUAGUCUGCAAAAUAAGGAUAGAACAAUUAUAGCAAAGAGUAUAGUGUCAAAUAUCCUGAGCCAAAAUGUGAAUAGACGUUUAUAUAAAGAUGAUUUGUUACAACUUUCCCGAUCAAUAAUAGAAGUAUUUCCAUCGGAAGUUAGAGAAACUUAUUACGUACCCUUUACAAAAGGUCAUUUGGCAAAUGGUAAAUUGUUUGACGCAUACAAUAAUAAGAGAACACAAUUAAGUGCAGCAGGACUGAUAAAUAUACGUGAAAACGUGAAAAAGAAAUCAAAUCAUACGCAAUUGUCGGAAGAUCACGAAACUGGCAUAUCAGCAGAUGAAUUGAAAAUUCUUGAAACAACGAAUGUAGAUUGGAACAAAACAAGAGAACUUUGGAUUAAAUCUCAUUCCUAUCGACAAAACGAAUUACAAAACAACGAGUUAAGUACUAUUGACUAUAUACAAAAAUACAACAUUCAUCUUAAUGAGAACUUUCAUGAAUUGCUUCAAAUCGAUUUCAAAAUACUGUACCCAAAUUCCAAAAGCAUUUACCAAUGGAAACAAUUCUAUGGAAAACUAAUAUUGAAAGCCGAACAAUCAAAAGAGAAUAGCGUUUUACAAAUUUUAGCGAAUAUCGACAGAACUGAGGACGAAGAUUGCAAAAUUGCUCUUUCGUUGAUGAUUAUUCCAUUUAUUCUACCACACUACAGGAAGAACAGCAAGUUAGAAUCGCUGGAAUCAUUCAUUUAUUACUGCAAGAAUAUUCAAGUGGCAGAUGACGAAACAAGAAACCGAAUAAAACGACUAAAAAAGGAUACUCAACCCAAAAUUUAUUUUGUUGGCGAUACGACAAAACCAAUUUCCAUUGCAUACGUGGAUAUAUGUGGAAAUCGUUUGAAAUUUGAAAAUCCUUUAAAAGCUGUUGAAGCCUGCUUUUACUCUUUUAUGAGUAUGAAUAUUAAAUACCCAAGUGCAUGCCUACACGUAUGGACAUUUAUACAAUAUAUUAUUUAUGAAAUUAACACUCCAUGGGAUACGACAAUACCUGCUGUAAGUACCUUAAUCAAUGAACUUCGUAUGGAAAAUCUGGAAUAGAUUUGUUUUUUUU